AUAUCGUGAAGCUGCAAAAACAGCCAUUAUUAUUGCUCGAGAAGAUCAAUCUGCUGGAAACUACAGAAAUGCUCAUGAUGUCUUGUUUGGAAUGUAUCAAGGUUUGUAUACUGUUCAAUUUUAGUAAGAAUUAAAAAAUUAGGUACAAUGAAAUGUCGACAUUGUUAGUCCCAAAUUUAAUGAAUUCUUUUGUUCCUCGACAUGGCUGCCGUGACGUCAUGUAAAACUAACAAAGUUGUUUUUAUAGUCGGUUGUCGGUUACUACUGCUAUUAGCUAAUGCCUAUUAUGCCAAUCUGGCAGCUACAAAGCUCCCCUCCCGGCCUUUGCGCUCUUCUCGAUGGUAUGCCAUGUAGCUGUGGUUCAUGACUUUCAGCUCCGCCUCAACCUUCCUCCUUCAUGUCUACCUCGCUUCCGAUUCCCGUCUGGUGUCCAGUACAGCGCCACAUUUAAAAUAUAGUUGGUUUUUGGUGCUUUAAGUUCAAGUGAAAUGCUGAUAAAUACAUGUUACAAACCUAUAAUAGUAAUGAAAAUAAAACAUGUUGCUUUACGGUAAUGUGAUUAUUUAUUGUUUAGAACUUCUUCAACAUAAGAUCAAAAUACCAACAGAAAUGAAGCAAAAUUUAAUGAUUCUUCACAGUUAUAUAUUGGUCAAGGUAUGUCGUAUACAUGCAGAUUAAGAUGACUACCUACAGUUAUUGUAAAGUUUAAAUAUUUAUAUAGAUCAGACACACAACGAAAACGAGGGUUACCUAAAAUACUUAAAAUUUUAGAAAAGUGUAGGGAGCCACUUUAAGUGAUGAUGAAUAGAACUUUUAAUAUUUCGAGUGGGAAUCUGGUUUAUUAACAACAAAAGUAUCAUGUAUCUAUAACUACGAUAUGUAUUCAAAUGCAGCUGGCACGUUGUUGAGGUCAUGAAUCUACUGCUCUCAAGCCCUAUGUGAACUUAUUUCGCUGUGGGACGAAACCGCCAGCGUACCUGGAGAAAACGCAUGACCCUCGCCAGCGCAUUGAGACUUUCCCAAUAUUUCUUGAUUGUUGUGAUUAAGUGAGGAUUACAGUUGUCUGUAACCAGCGACAAAGUCUGUGUUUUAAUAACCUGAACUAUUUGCAUCCAGGUUCACGUCAAGCGUGGAGAUCAUUUAAAAGGUGCUCGUAUGUUGAUACGUGUUUCUAACAACAUCAGCAAGUUUCCAGCCCGUAAGUAAAUGCAUUUUAUAAAAUAACAUGUAUAUAACGCGUGUUCUGAUUGGUCGAAACCCGUGUUUGGAUCAGGCCAUCCAAACACGGAGACUAUCGUGUUGUUGUUAUUUUAUAAAACAAUUACUUUAUGGUUUCCGUAUUUGGAUGGCCUGAUCCAAACACUUGGGAAUGUUGCUCGAGUUAAGAAAAGCGAGCAAAAUCACUCGCCUUCGGCUCGUGAUUUCGCUCGCUUUUCUUAACUCUCGCAACAUUCCCGCGUGUUUGGAUUAGGCCAUCCAAACACGGAAACCAUAAAGUAAUUGUAUACUCUCGCUGUAUUUAUAAAGCUUUUCUAGUGACUAACUAAAAGUCAAAAUUUAAAUGUUGUAUAAUGAUGGUCUGUAUUUGCCAGUAUUUUUCCAUGGGAAGCAUAGGUCGCAGAUGCGGAUAUACGUAGUCCUAUAGCGCUGAAUUAAGCCUUGGCUAUAGCGCUGAAUUAAUCUAGCCUAUACGAAACAACCCAAGUUGUAGCACAUGCUAAGUUUAGCCUGCUAUACUGCAGGUCAAGCAUAGAAUGGGUAACGUCCUUGUACUCAAGUAUGGAAGUGUGACUGGUUCUCUCCUGUCCUUCAAGGGUUUUUGCUCCCCCACCAGAAACUAUAUACCCUUGGCGCCGUAGUUGUUGAGCGCUUGCAUCAUGAGCUUUUGGCUCGGGUGAAAUGGCAACCACAUCAUGUGUAAUCGACAUUAAGUAGCUCAUUAUCAUUCAAAAUUCUUUCAGAUGCAAACACUCGGAACGCAAGUUUGCUAGUGCUUAUUUCAAAUACUUUAUACUAUUAGAUUAAUUUCAGUGGAUUUCAAGCAGUUCUCUAGCAGUUUCUGCCUCCAAAUUCUGCACCGACAAGAAAUUCUAAAUAUUAUUUUUUACAUUAGAUAUUGUGCCAAUUUUGACUUCAACUGUAAUUGAAUGUCAUCGUGCAUCACUACGCAACUCUUCAUUCAGUUAUGCGGCGAUGUUAAUGAGACCAGAAUAUAGAAAAGAUGUUGACUUAAAGUACAAGAAAAAGAUUGAACAGAUUGUCAGGUAAAUACAAUGUGUCUCGAAAUAACAUUCAAUGUUUUCCAGUGAAGACGUUAAGAAAAAUGAGAGCAUUAUUUUUGUACGUCUUAUCCGUAUAUCAGUAAAAUUUGUACUUCUAUCACGUCAUUUCAAAAUAUGCAAAUUCAGUUGAACUCCUCAAGCUACCCUGAUCUUAAUCUCCAUCUUAGUUCGAAGUACUGUGGAACCCCGCCUUAUACGGCUACCCCGUUGAUAUAGGCCAAUUGUUUUCGACCCGGCCCGCGUCCUUGGCCCUAUUCACGAGGUUCUAUACUAUAAAAAAAAUCCAACAUGGCUGCUAUGUGUUUUUUAGGAAACCAGACAAAACAGAAGAAGAGGAAGCAAGUGAUGCAUGUCCUUAUUGUGAAUAUAUUCUUCCUCAAACUAAACUUGAUUGUCCUGAAUGUAAAAAUAACAUCCCGUACUGUAUCAUCACUGUAAGUAUAUGAACAUUUGCUUACGUCUACAGUGUGUUAGCUCAUGACGAGCUUAAGGUAAUUCCGCAGUUUUGCAUUGCGCACUUUACUGCGCACAUCUUAUAAUUUCAUCCAUUAUACGGUACCGUUUAAAAAAAAUCAUUUUAUGACAAUUUUAUGUUACUUCAAAGCAUCUCUGGUUACAUUCGUGCAAAGAAUUACGUUAAAAUCAAUGUUUUCAAAAAAGGCAUACAAAAGUGUAGCUAGGGUUCUGUAGUGUAUUUAUUUACUUGUAUUUCACGUUUUAAUGCCACAAUUCCCUAAAAAGAUCGGUGAUCCCCGUUUUUUAACUGAUAAUUUAUUUCUUUAAUGCAUUUUACAUUUCAUAUCCAAAAUUAAAAGAAAAAUAAUUUCUGGAUCUUGAAAAAAAUCCUUUAUCAAUGCAUGUUCUCAAAGAAAGAUAUGUAAAAAAAUGUGUAAAAGACAUUUAUGGAUCAGAAUUGUACACGUUAGUAGUUUCAUUUUGCUCAAAACACAAUAUUUUUUCCAAAAUAAUUACAAGAUAGGUUUGCUAAAGCAAAAUCCGCGCUAAAAACGUCAAUAAAUAUCGGGCUGUUGUGAUUUUGCUGUUACUCGUAAUGAGCGUCAAGAUGGCGCCAUAUUGGGGUAAAGGUGGUAUAUUGUGAUUGUCAUAUCUUCUUAACGAGUUCGGUGACCCCGACUUUUUUGUGUGAUUUUACUUUAAGUAUAUCAUAAACUCCAUGCCUGGGAAGUUUCAGCACAUUCUCAUUUCGGGAACAAUUAUUGCGGAAUUACCUUAAGGAAGUUUUCUAUGUUGUAAAGAAUAGUAUAGUGUUUUCGUAGUAAUUGAGUUCCAACUAUUAUGUACAGAGUGUUAAAUAAUAAUGUAUAUACGCAGCGUCGAAAAAAUCAACAUCCUCCUAUAGGAGGCUAUAUGCCAACUUUUUCAAUAUGAUUUCGUAAAAAUGUCGCCAACAACAAGAUAAAGGCUCUAAACACGACAACAAGGCUAUAGCAAUGGCAAUAUACUUUCAACGUUUAGUGCAGUGUGGUAGAAUAUUUUGUAAAUAGCGAAAAUUUCGUAUUCUGCCACUUACCACGCUGUUCAUCUCACUUUAUAUGAAGAUUUCACAUAUUGGAGAAAAUUUUGAAUUUAUACUGUAUAUAAACCGAAUUAUCCAAGACUGCACGACAGCAAUGUAAUCUUGUCCGAUGACUGAUUUCUCACAAAAUAUUGUUUCACAUAAUUCAACACAAUUUAUUUUGUUCUAGGGACGACACAUGCUUAAAGAUGAUUGGUCAGCUUGUCCGAGUUGUAAUUUCCCUGCCUUGUAUUCCGAGAUAAAAAGGUUGGUAGAAAUAUCUACAAUAAGUUUUACCUUGAGGCCAUAUUACACGAGGCAAUUUUGCUGCAACUAAUUGCAACGCAAUUUCGAUAACCGAGCCAUGUUAUCUAAAGCACAGUCACAAGGAAAUUGUGAGUAUUUGAACAUAUUCUUUGAGGCAUGAAAGAAAUUGAGGAUGAUUGGAUGAAGAAUGUCGGUAGUAAAACGUGGGGUUUUGAUAACAUCACUCUAUCCAAAAGUGCGUUGCGAGUGGUAGCAACAAUUUGCUCGUGUGACACGUCAAAAUUAAUUUGCAGAAUCAUCAUUGUUAGCCUUAAGUGCUUAGUCUAAAUAUUAUACCAAAAUACUGAUGUUAGGGACAGUGGAAGACACAGAAAGGAAAUGUUAUGCUUAUUGCAUCGCGUUAACCAGGCUUUAAUCCAGACAACAACACAACGAAAGCUUUUCAAACCAAAUGAUAUACCAAUGUCACAAUGACUACACCAUGAAAAGUUCGUAUAGAGCUAUCAGUGAUGUUUAGAUUUGACUUCCACUGUUCCACUAUGACCAUUGGUCCGUUAAUGGUAGUGGAAAUCAAAUCUAAACUAUUAUCUAGUGCCCAAACUGACCUAACUUGCGAAUUUGCAUACUCUGCUCUGCAUGGUACACGCAUAAAAACGCGACCAAGGUUAUGCUGACCCUAAGAACAAGUUGUCAACAAUGUUGUUACAGAGUUGUUACAACUGAACAAUUCUGUAGCAACAUUGCUGACAACAUGUUCUGAGGGUGCAGUACAAACUUGUUCAAGCCUAUCGACAUCAACCGGGAACAGGUUGUUCGUUUUUACGCGUGUGCGUGAUUGUGUAGUAUAGCUGGGGUCAGUUGUAUAAACCUCUGGGGCCAGUUGUAUAGACCCUGGGGGCCAGUUGUUCGAAAGCGGGUUAGCUUAAUCCUAGGUUAACGAAAAACUUCAAAGCAAACUUCCUAACAGCUUAAUGGUUAUAAACGUGGAAAUAUUUUUUUAGAAAUCUUGUCAGGAUCAAUAGAAGUUUUAUUUUCUAAAGUUUUGAAAUAAACAGAUUUGCAGUUGUAUACCCAAACCAAAAACGCGGGUUAAGUUUUAACGAGGGUUAGUGCUAAUCCAGCUUUGAACAACGCCCCCUGCAGCUUCAAAAAUCAUGUCAAGGAUUAUUAACGUGUCACGGAUUAACGUGACAUGAUUUAAAGAAAAUCAUAUAAUGAAACACUGCCUCAACUUUUUUGUUUUCCAGUUUUUUAGACGGUGGGGAAGGUGUUUGUCCAAUGUGCUCAGAAAAAAUAAACUUCAGCGAUGCAAAGUUUAUCAAAGAUCCUGUUCAGUAUCUGAAAAUCGAUGAAUCAGAAGCUUGAAAUGAAACAUUCCACAAUAUAUUUCUUAGAUUUCUUCGUUAUUUAUUAAUAGUUAUUAAUAUAUAUAUAGCAAAAGCGCUUUCAGUUGUACAUAAAUGUAAAUAGUGUAAAUCAUGUGACAGUUGUUUUCAGAGAUUACUGUACAUUCCAAUUUUACCGGUAACACACGUGAUCAACCUAUAAAGUAGUAUAUUUACAAUUUUACACUAUGCAGUUCGGUCUGGUUAAUCUUAUAUGUAUAGUCUGGUUUUAAUAUAUUAAAAAAACAAUGAUUAAAAGUGAUUGUGCUUUUUCUAUACAUUUAUACUGUACUUCAAAAUUAAAAUCUGUAUACCGGUAAUUGAAUACCAGAUCUUCAUUCACUUUUAAGUUCAAAAGUGGAAUAUUUCGGCCAAAAAAGGUGGACGAUGUAUACUUGGAAAAUCUCAUAUAAUAUACAUGACUUGCAGUAGUUUUUAGUGCAGAGUUUCUUUGAAACUGUGCACUAUUGUGAUGACUGGGAAAAUUCACAUCAGUCAGUCAGUCAAUCAGUCAUAGAGUUAACUUUCCGGGGGGUGUAUUAUAUGUAUACGAUUUAUGUUUGUAGUGAUUUAUUGUGCUUUGAAGGUUAUUUAGGCAAUUUCAGUUGUUUUAUUUACAUAUUUUUUGUUCUUUUGCCAAGUUCACAAAAAUUUCGAGGAAUCGUUGUCGUUAUUGUAAAUUUUUGUAAAUUUUAUAACAUUCGCUUCUC